AAUAACUGAGCAUGAGUAUGACGGUAACUUGCUUCCCUGUUUCCCUUUGCAGUUAAAUUAUUUGAAGUCAUAGAAACGGAGAAGACACUGUAUCUGGUGAUGGAGUAUGCCAGUGGAGGUGAAGUGUUCGAUUACCUCGUAGCUCAUGGGCGGAUGAAAGAGAAGGAAGCCAGAGCCAAAUUCAGACAAAUUGUGUCAGCAGUGCAGUACUGUCACCAGAAGUGCAUUGUCCACAGAGACCUAAAGGCAGAGAACCUCCUCCUGGACGCAGACAUGAACAUCAAGAUCGCCGACUUCGGCUUCAGCAACGAGUUCACUCUGGGGAACAAGCUGGACACGUUCUGCGGGAGUCCCCCCUACGCCGCGCCCGAGCUCUUCCAGGGCAAGAAGUACGACGGGCCCGAGGUGGACGUGUGGAGCCUGGGCGUCAUCCUCUACACGCUGGUCAGCGGCUCGCUGCCCUUCGACGGGCAGAACCUGAAGGAGCUGCGUGAGCGUGUGCUGAGAGGGAAGUACAGGAUUCCCUUCUACAUGUCCACAGACUGCGAGAACCUGCUCAAGAAAUUCCUCAUCCUCAACCCUUCCAAGAGGGGCAGCCUGGAGCAGCAGAUAAUGAGGGACCGCUGGAUGAACGUGGGCCACGAGGACGAGGAGCUGAAGCCGUACGUGGAGCCGCAGCCCGACUACAAGGACCCCAAGAGGACAGAUAUAAUGUUGCAGAUGGGCUACUCUCAGGAGGAGAUCCAGGACUCUCUUGUCAACCAAAAAUACAACGAAGUCAUGGCCACAUAUCUGCUGUUGGACUAUAGGAACUCAGAGCUGGACGAGGGCACCAACUUAUCAAUAAAACCCCGCCCUGGAAGCGACCUCACAAACAGCAGCGUCCAAUCGCCUCCUCACAAGGUACAGCGCAGUGUCUCAUCCAACCAGAAGCCCCGCAGAGCCACAGACCAAGGCUCCUCCUCCUACUCCAAGCGCUCCCAGGGGGACAGUAAGCACACUGCAGAGGAUUCUGGGAGGAAAGGUUCCGGCAGCUCAGCCAAAGUGCCCCCCAGCCCGCUUUCCUCAGUCGACCGAAAGAAGACCACUCCCACCCCCUCCACCAACAGCAUCCUGUCCACCGGUACGAGUCGGAGCCGCAACUCGCCCCUCGUGGAGAGAGCUCUGCUGGGCCAGGGGGUGCAGAACGGCAAGGACAGCCUGAACACCCCCGGGUCCCGCGCCUCUACCGCCUCGGCAGCCGCUGUCCUCACCACCUCCUCCCGCCCCCGACACCACAAGUCCCUGUCCUCCUCCGCCCACCCCAGCCCCCCCGACCUGCACGCACAUCGCACCAGCACUGCUUCUCAGAGGGUCCCAGGGGCGUCUCCCUCCGCCCACAACAUCAGCAGCGCCACGGUGACGGACCGCACCAACUUCCCCAGGGGGGUGGCCAGCCGCAGCACCUUCCACGCCGGCCAGCAGAGGGCGACGCGGGACCAGCACGCCUCGGCCUACAACGGGCCCCCUGCCUCCCCUUCCCUCUCCCACGGGAACAGCCAGCCCCGCCGACCCGGAGCAUCGGGCAUCUUCAGCAAGUUCACCUCCAAGUUUGUGCGCAGAAAUCUCUCGCUCAGGUUCCCCAGAAGCCCGUAUGAGGGAGAGGGUCGGGAUGAUGGGAGCAGGCCGAUGCUGAGCGGCUCCGGCGAUAAGUCUGAGAAGGGGCCGGGCAGCGUGCUGGGCUCCACCGGCGACGAGAACAAGGACUCCCUGUCCUCGUCCUCGCCCGUGCCCGGGGGCACCCCGCCCCAGCUGGCCCACCACGCCAAGGACACCAAGCCGCGCUCGCUGCGCUUCACCUGGAGCAUGAAGACCACGUCGUCCAUGGAGCCCGGCGAGAUGAUGAAGGAGAUCCGCAAGGUGCUGGACUCCAACAGCUGCGAGUACGAGCUGCGCGAGCGCUUCAUGCUGCUGUGCGUGUCGGGCAACCCGGCGCGCGACGACUUCGUGCAGUGGGAGAUGGAGGUGUGCAAGCUGCCCCGCCUCUCGCUCAACGGCGUGCGCUUCAAGCGCAUCUCGGGCACCUCCAUCGCCUUCAAGAACAUCGCCUCCAAGGUCGCCAACGAGCUCAAACUGUGAGGGGGGGAGGGGAGGGCAGGGGAGGGGAGGAGGAGGGCGGGGCUUAAACGAGAGGGACUGAAGCUCGCGGGGCGACGGAGCGGGACUGGGGCUUUUGACGUGAGGAAGAGGAGGCGGCGGAGGAGGACGAGUGAUGGAGGAAGAGUGGGACUGAAGCAGGAAGGCUAGGAGACAAAAAUCGUAGGAAGAGGUAGAGGUUUGAUGAGGAGUCGUGUGAUGACUCUUUGCAGAGGAAGCGGGGUGAGAUUUCAUGGCUUGUAGGAGAGGAGUAGCUUAGGGAGGUGGAUUUUUUGGGGGGCUGUUCUUCUGUUUUGUUUUGUUCCCCCCUCCCCCGUUCCCUUUAAAUUUUUGUUCUCUUUGCCUGUGGUGAAUUUUCUUGUUAUUUGUUGGUUCCCAGAUCACACCCCUUACCCCCUCACACCUGGCCUCAGAAAGCUAAGAGGUAGGCGGGGCGGGCGGCCAUUUCACUCCAAACCGCCGUCCCUGGGCCCAAACGACGACGCCACGCGCUUCGCCUCUCCGCCCUCUCGCGUCUUUCGCAGGCGGAUGGGGGGAGCGGCUCUCUUUCGCUCUGAUUACCAGACAGCAGAGCGUCUCACCCUGUGGGGAAGCAAACGGUCCACAUUACAACCCGCAGCUCUCUGGUGAUGUCACGCUUCCCACCACUUGGUCGUUCUGUCCCUCCCCCCCCCACCACCACCCCCCACCCCAUCCCUCCCAGGUUAAAUUCUACCACAGGGGUCAAGUUAGAAAAUUAAGUAAGUAAUUAAGGGCCAAUCGUGUAAUCAUUGGUGGGUUAACUGUAAUUUAGUUUGCUGGUAGGUUUCAAAGCGCUGCACUGGACUCGGUCUGUUUGGUUGCCUUUCUGAAGAAAACUGAGAAUGAGAAGCUGAGCGAUUUUUUUUCUUGUUCUGUUGGAUUGUAUCUCGCCUUUGUACAGCGAAUGUAAAACGGAAACGUGCCUCCCAAACCAUCCAAAAGAAAGCUAAACAGAAGUAUGAAUAUUAAAAUAUCUAUAAAUAUAUGAAAAUAUUUAUCACUGGAAAAAAAAAAAAACAGGAUUUCCUUUUAUCUUUGACGUUUUUGAAAAUUUGUUGACUUGAGCCUGCUCACGUCUCUCCUGAGACCCCCCCUCCCCCCCCUACUGUUAAACGAGAGUGAAGUUGAGGUGUCCAACCACAAACACCCCCCAGCCUGGGAGGGUCAUGUGACAUGGUCGUGACAGCGUGCAAUUCAAACCCAAUCAUCAUUAUUAUCAUUAUGAUUAUCAUCAUUUAUUUUUGAUAGGAGUAUUUAAUAUGGAGCAUGGGGGUGAAUUUCUGUUUUUGUACUUUCAACCAAAAGGCUACUGGCCUCACACACAUAUCUUUUCAAUGAUGAUUGAAUGAGAGCAGCGAAAUAAAAUUGUAAUCAUAACCGUAAUAAUGAUGAUCCUAAUUGACUACUGCUCAUUUGUUGUGUUGUUUAGUGCUGAUUCUUUUUUGGCGUUAUGUUGUUUAUUAAAAAGACACUGCUUCAGUUGAGCACUGCCUGAAGCAGAGAUGCUACAAAUUUUUGUUCUUUUCAGUCUCAUUGUAUGAGAAUACAGGCAUUGACCCCACCCUGAAAUGGAUAUUUUUAUUUAAGGAGGGUAUGUGUGUGUGCACACAUGCACAGGCAGCUCCAGUGCAGUACAAGCCAACCCAACUGACUCCGCCCCCCUUCUAGAAUCAGCACACACACGUGCUGUCGCCAAGAGAACUCGCAAAGCAUUAAGUUGGUCUUUCUGUUCCCCUGUGCAUUAAGCUCGAUGACUGCUCACUAAUAAAUAUUGUGACAAAUGAAAAUGUGCAUUGGCAAACUUGGAUAACCUCUCGUGUCAUGGUGAAGUAGCUGUGUCUGAAUCAUUGUAAAUUUAGCCUGAAGAUGUGACUGCAGUGAUGUCUAGGACUGAUUCUCCCAGGGGCGAGUGUAUGGUACAGAUCGGUUCGGACUGGGAGCCCCUCACGGGCUACUCGUCGGUGCGUUUGCGUCUUUGUAGAGCGUAUGAAAUUAUGCAAACGAGCGGUGUUUCUGAAAUGCACUGCAGUAUCGUACUGUAACGCUUUUCAUCGUUUCAUCUAACUGAAUGCAGAAAGAUUUCCAUGCUAUUCACACAAUGUUCGUCACAGGGCUUCUCUUCUUUUGCAAAGCAUUGAACGUCUUAGGUCUUCAGUGUGUUGAUAGAGGCGCAUGUGGUAAUACAGACACACACACACACACAGUAGAGAACAGUGAUUCAUGAUGCUGUUGUAGGAGAUCCAUGUCCAGCUUUGCCAGUACAGCAUGAACUUAUUGCUCUGGUGUAUUUUCUGGCUAAAUGCUGUCUGAGAAAAAGUGUGUGUGGGUUGGGAUGAGUGGUGAUGGUCUGAGGGGAGUCCUGGGCUGUGUCUGCUUCCAUCGGCCUGGCCUAAAUGGGAGGUUUGGUCUGUGGUCCAGAGGGCUGUGUUCCGAUUGGCUGGCUUGGUCUCAAGUGGGUGAGGCUGAAGCCCCACACAGCUCCGGGCCAGACAGUCGUCCAUGUUGGGCCCUGUGCAUCACAGUCUGCAUCCUUCCUGUAGCCGUGUACGUGGCAUGCGCUCUGUGUAGCGGGUGUCUUACUGUGGUCAGACUGUGUGGAUAUUCUGCGCUUUCCCCCAGUUCUCCCAAUUGGUUAGUUCAUACACGGUUAAAUUACCUUGAUGAGACCACGUGUGUGCGUGUGUGUGUGUGUUUGCACUUUGAGCCUGGACCUUCCCAACACUACUGUGCAGUGGGUGUCGGAAACCUUGUACAUCAGCCGGUGGAGAGCUGUUCACAACCCUUAGCUGGAAAAACGGUCUUCAGUCUGUCAGCAGCAGCAGGAAGGGAGGCAGAGGAGGAGGGCUGAAGCAUUAUUGACCUGCAGUGCAAUUGAACGGUUUGUGGGGACACCUGUGCACACCUGUAUAUUUUUAUCUUUGAGAUUUCUUCUCUUGUUUUUAAUAUGUAAUAUCUGUCGUUCUUUCAGAUGAUUAUUGUUUAAGGUGCUGGGAAUCCGAUUAUUGUCUUUUUCUUCAGGGUUGAUUUUUUUCACAUUGUUUUUUUUUUUUUUUUUUUCAUUGCUGUAAUUUUCAAUGAUUUCUGUGUCAUAGACUGCGCAAGUGGCCGGGUGGGGGUGGGAGGGUGACAACUCAAAUGUAUUAUUUUUGUUCUUUUUUUGUGGAAAGAGAUGAUCAAUUCAACAAUGAUAGUAAUAAAAACAAAAAUGGCAUUAAAUUUGAAA